AUGGGAAAUCAAAACAAUGUGACAGAAUUCAUACUUUUGGGUUUUACAGAGAACCUGGACCUGAAGAAAGUGUUCUCUGUUUUAUUUCUAAUCAUGUAUGUGUCCACUGUUUUGGGAAACCUACUCAUUGUAGUAACCAUGAUCAUGAGUGAGAGUCUGAGAUCACCUAUGUAUUUUUUCCUUACUUCAUUGUCCCUGUUGGAUGUUGCCUUCUCUUCUGUUAUCGCCCCCAAGAUGAUUGUAGACUCACUCUCUGAGAGCACCAUCAUCUCCUUCGAAGGCUGAAUGGCCCAGCUCUUUGCAGAGCAUUUCUUUGGUGGUGUGGAGAGCAUCCUUCUCACUGUUAUGUCCUAUGACCGCUAUGUGGCCAUCUGUAAACCCCUACACUACAUGACCAUUAUGAGCCCUUGGGUGUGCUGCUGCCUGUUGCUGGGAGUGGCCUGCGUGGGCGGAUUUACCCACGCAGUAAUACAGCUUCUCUUUGUGUACCAAAUACCUUUCGGUGGUCCCAAUAUCAUAGAUCACUUUCUAUGUGAUUUGUUUCCAUUGCCGAAACUGGCCUGCAUGGACACCCACAUCCUGGGGCUCUUAGUCAUCCUCAACAGUGGGGUGAUGUGUAUGACUGUCUUCCUUAUCCUCAUCAGCUCCUACGUGGUCAUCCUCUGCUCUCUGAAGUCUUGCAGCUCUGAAGGGCAACACAAAGCUCUCUCCACCUGUGGCUCCCACUUCACAGUGGUCAUGAUGUUCUUUGCACCAUGCAUUUUCUUGUAUGUAAGACCUAUGGCUACUCACCCCAUAGACAAGGCAAUGAAUGUGUCUAAUGCUAUCAUCGCACCCAUGUUAAAUCCUUUGAUCUACACCCUGAGGAACACGGACGUAAAAAAUGCCAUGAGGAAACUGUCAAGGAAACAAGGCACUUUGGUUGGCAAACAGCUGUCAUACUGA